UGGCCGGCGCCGCAGCGAGGAGCCAUGGGCAACAUCUCCUCCAACAUCUCGGCCUUCCAGUCCUUGCACAUCGUCAUGCUGGGCUUGGACUCGGCCGGCAAGACCACGGUGCUCUACCGGCUGAAGUUCAACGAGUUCGUGAACACCGUGCCCACCAUCGGCUUCAACACCGAGAAGAUCAAGCUGAGCAACGGUACGGCCAAGGGCAUCAGCUGCCACUUCUGGGACGUGGGCGGCCAGGAGAAGCUCAGGCCGCUGUGGAAGUCCUACAGCCGCUGCACGGACGGCAUCAUCUACGUGGUGGACUCGGUGGACGUGGACCGGCUGGAGGAGGCCAAGACGGAGCUGCACAAGGUGACCAAGUUCGCCGAGAACCAGGGCACACCGCUGCUGGUCAUCGCCAACAAGCAGGACCUGCCCAAGUCGCUGCCGGUGGCCGAGAUCGAGAAGCAGCUGGCGCUGCACGAGCUCAUCCCGGCCACCACCUACCACGUCCAGCCAGCGUGCGCCAUCAUCGGCGAGGGCCUCACCGAGGGCAUGGACAAGCUCUAUGAGAUGAUCCUGAAACGCAGGAAGUCCCUCAAGCAGAAGAAGAAGCGGUAAUGCGCCCGGCGGCGUUCGGGAGCGAGCGAGUGAGAAUGAAUGAAUGGAUGGGUGGAUGGAUGAGCGAGAACCCGCGCCCGCGAACAAAGACAGCAAACCAAAGCGAUGCUUCCUAUUCUUAGAGCGGAAUCUCUGCGCCUGAUGCUGGACUGGUGACUUACCCGGGUGUGACGGCCAGUGGGCAGUCUGCCCUCGACCUGCCCCCAUCCCAGCUCAGGGGACCUUUUGUCUGAACGCCAGAGCUACUGAUGGGUGGGGGCCACGGUGAGGAGUGGGCCCUGAGGUCUUGCUGUGCCACCCUGGGCCCCAAGGUGGAAAGCUCCCGUGUCUGAGAGACAAAAGCGAUUUCUCCCUAAUCUAGCAGGGCCUGAAGUUCGGGCUGCCCCGCCCCCCUUCUGGGGGUGAGGGGCAAUCCACCUGUGAGUAACCUGAGGUCUGCACUUCCCAGAACCCUGGGGUACCUGUUUGGGGGCGUGUUGGCAGUGGGAGACCCUGGGGACCAGGCUCCUUGCAUCCAGGGGCUGUGGAAGCUGCAUCAUUUAAGUCACAGGGCAGGUCCCUGUUGAAAUCUCCUUAUCUGGGCCCAGUGGAGGUGGUAGUUUGGGCCAUCAGAGGACUGCAUGGGACAACACCGCAGCUGGAGGGGCCUUGGCUGGGAAUGGCCCCGAACGUGCCCGUUUCCUGGUGCUUUGUGGUGGCUACAGAAGACCAGUUUUGUUGAGAACUGCUUUUCAGCCUGGAAUCCGACAUCUUCCAGAAGGUCUGGACCAUGUGUAGGUCAUUAUCACACAAAGAGACCCAAUAAAAAUGAAAAAGCAACUGUUGGAGGUGGUGGAGAUGAUGCAUUUACUGUUUGCAGGAUAGUUAAAGGUGUUUAAAGGGUAAGGCUCUUGGUGUAAAUGCUGGAUGGGGUGUGUGUGUGUGGAUGCAGGGACCUCCCUCUGUACUGUGUAAUCGGCAGAAAUAUCCAGACCCAUAUGUGUGGAAUUUUAAAUUCUCUUUAGCCUACUGAUUGGUUUGGAUAAGCAUACCAGCUGCAGAUGUGUGCUGAAUUGUAAGAUUUUUUUUUUUUUUUGGCAAGGGAUAUCUCUUGUAAUACUACUGCGUGAUGAAGGGUUUUCAGAAAUGUUUUAAAAAAAACUUUUACAAAUUAAUACUCACCUUAGAAAUAUUCACCUUAGGAAAAAAAGACUUUGCCCUUUUAUAUCCCUUGACGCUGCAAGCAGCGACGUGUUCGGAUUUCUAAUUUGGUUCAUCGUGGCCUAUCUGCUUUAAGUAUUUCAUUACAAAUGUCUCGUAGAGUAUUUGAUGUCAUGCACCAAAAAAUAAAACCCCACCUUGCUGCAAAAGCCGACCUCGUUGCAUGGGUUUAAGAGCAAAGGCGAUGCACGAGGAUGAAGUCCUGAAUUCAUUCUUGUGGGGACCAGCCUGCCUUCUGCCUUCUAGCCAGCCAGCACUUCGGGCAAAAGCAAACAAUGUGUGCUUGAGAUCAAAGAAAGCCUGUGACGUCAUGGUCGCGGGUCCUCAGGCACGUCACAGUUUACUUGAAAGAGGCUUUGGAAAAUAGAGAAAGUGAAAGAAGAAUAAAUACAUAUUUUUAAUAAUGUAAUUAAAAAAAUCCUUUAUAAUCAGGACUGAGUCUUGGUUUGCAAAAGCUGUCAUUUACCCCAAAACACAGUAUCAGAAGGGAAACUUAACAACAGAACUGUUUGAUUUCGAUUUCCUUUUUAGACCCAUGUUUGCAGGUAGAAUUAUGAUUCCUGCCUGCUAUUUUACACUUUUUUUUUGCAAAGGAGGCCUGUAGAAAUUGGACACAACCAUGCCUUGUGCAUGUGAAUUAGUCAAACUGUGACUCCAGGGUUAUUGUUCAUUACAAGUUCAUUUAAGAACCAGAGGCAGAACUUCUGGCUUCCUGCUUGAAACCCAAUUCUUCCAUGAAAUUUUUUAGAAACAGAAAACUAGCAGCUCAUCUUUUCUCUUUCGCCGGUGUAUUUGGCAGCCCUCCAAUGCUGGUCUUUUUGUAGGAACUCAGUUAGAGGAAGUCUAGCUGAGCCGUGGUGAAAAACCUGCAAGAUUUCAGUUUACAUAUCGACAGCUUAUUCACUGAUAUCUAAAUGGGCUGGUCCCAUCAUCUGAAGAUUCUGUAUAGAAUUAUUAAAAAAAAAAAAUUCCAUCAUCCUUUAUUUUCUUCACAUGCAACAAUUUCUUAAGCACUUUGACAUUUUGGUAGUUCCACACUAUUGAGAGAAUAAUAUAUUUAUUUUGUGACAUUGCAGAUGCCAAAUACUGUAACCUUCUCGUGCUGACCAUACUUGGGUUCAAGAUCACUGUUCAAUUCCUGUCAUGCUUUAAAGAUGAUGCGAGAUGAUUUCGUUUUCUGCAUUAUCAGUACUUAAGGGUGCAGUCAACUGUUAGUAAUUGUGCAGUACCAGUACAGCCCUGUGGUGUAUCAACUCAUAGUUAAGAGUCUCAGUUGAUUUCUGUAAUGUUUGACCUAAUAAAAACCCAUUUCAUCGCAGAUCCAACAGAGGUAGCCCAGUUAAAAUCACCUUGGAUUAGUCACCUGGUUGGGGGGUCCCCGCAAUUUAUUGAGCAGGGACUUACUAUGCUUUCUGCCCGUUGGAGAACGGAUGGGUUUUGCGUAGAGGAAGGUGGCCUCUCCGUGUGGGCUUUGGAAACGUUUCCCGAGGGAUACAGGGAGGCCGGUUUUGUUUCAGAACAAUGCUCUUCACAGAUUCUCUGUCAUGGUGUUGGGACCGGGUCCCCUGGUUUCAGUUCCUGUUCUACUGCUGUAAUUCUCUGUCUUGGUCAUCCUUCUCUUUUGUUUCCAUCCCUUUUUUAAUGCAUAUAUGAUGCUGUGAACAGAAAUAAAUUAUUUAUACAAUCAAA